AUGCCUUUGCAGUCCUUUCACCGUGUAAUGGAUCUUCCACCAGAGAUUCGUCAUGAAAUAUAUUUUUUGGCCACACCAGACCGUGUUGUUCACAUCCGACGCCCAUACCCAACGUCCGAUCUUGAUUACAGAAAAGGGCGUUUCUCGUGCAGUACCAUCAUUCCCCCUCUGCUACACAUGUGUUCCGAAUCCCGGGACUUUCUGACACGUACUGGCCACAAGCUGGUUUUCCGGGACCCAUCAACUGGGCGGCGAUUCUGGUUCAACUUCAAAAGAGAUACCCUGUUUCUCGACAUAGGGGCACUGGUCAAGAUAUACGAAGGCAUCAAUCCGUUCCCCAGCAGAGAUACCCAAAGAGUUCACAGAAUAGCCUACGAGAGGGAGGACAUGGGCCUCUAUGACCAAGCUAUCAGGUUUGCUCUUCAGAAUUUUGGGGAGCUUCAAGAGGUCUUUCUCAUUGAGUGGACUAGAAACGUGAUAGAUUUCUACGGGCCUUGGCUCAAGUCCAGCGAAAGAUAUUUCCCCGAUCCUAUUCCACAGAGACACAGCUAUGAUACCAGGAACCUCUGCAAGUUUACGGAGAUCCAAAAAAUUGAUGCAUAUCUCUGUUGUCUUCCUCGCUUAGCUGAUCUUCGGCGCCCGCACUCAUGGAAGCCAGGCCGUUGGUGCAAUUCUUUGACCGUCUUCCCUCCAACGACCAUACCAAAAGACACAGAUCUCGCCAAGUAUCUCAGCGAGCCUUACGAGAAAUGGGGAUCUCUUGAUCACCCACGAGAAUAUUUGGAGUCAAGUUUCGCGAAAUACUGGGCUGAAUUGGGGCGGCCAAGCGGGAAGCUGCCCAAGUUCAAACCCGUGCACCUCCUCACCGACGCUGAACAUCAACAUAUCCAACGAGAACAACGCAUCGGUUUCAGAAUGCUGCAAACAAAGUUCCGUAUAAAUAGACUUUUUGGAUUGAGUAAGAACAAUCACGUUAGACUUAUUGGGAAAUUUUAG